AUGACUCAGAAUCAACACGACUCAGGAUCGACACAGAUCAGAGUCAGCACCAAACCAACACAUACUCGGAGUAAACACGGCUCAGAGUCAACACAGAUCAGAGUCAGCACAGAUCAGAGUCAGCACAGAUUAGAGUCAGCACAGAUCAGAGUCAGCACCAGACCAACACAUACUCGGAGUGAACACGGAUCAGAGUCAGCACAGAUCAGAGUCAGCACAGCUCGGAGUAACCACAGCAUGGAGUAA